UCUGCCCUCUUUGCACUCCUCUGAAUCUCCUCAGAGCUUCAUACAGCAGAGCUCACAGGAGCCCCAAGUCAGCUACUUUGGAAGCCAUGGUGCCCUCGCUGCACUUGCUCCUGCUGCUGUGGGGACUUCCAGGUCUCUGGGCACAGGAACACGACUAUGAGGAGGAGGUGGUGACCCCCAGGAAGAAGAAUAGACUAAGUCCAUCCAAUUCCCUACCUCAAAAUGGAAAAUCGCUCGCAAGCGACGAUUGCAACUUGGAGUUGGCCUUUCUGAUCGACAGCUCGGAGAGCGCCAAGGAGAACCACGCCCAGGAGAAGCGCUUCGCCUCGGAAGUGAUGGAGCGCCUGCAGAACCUCCAGCUGCAGACGGGCCGCCGCCUCAGGUCCCGCGCUGCCCUCCUUCAGUACAGCAGCCAUGUCAUCAUCGAGCAGACCUUCAAGCAGUGGAGGGGCAUCGAGGACUUCAAGGCCCGAAUCGCUCCCAUUGUGUACAUCGGCCACGGCACCUACACCACCUUCGCCAUCACCAACCUCACCCGUAUUUACCUGGAGGAGUCGGACCCCAACAGCAUCAAGGUGGCCGUCCUGCUCUUCGACGGCGUCUCGCACCCCAGGAACCCCGACAUAUUUGCAGCUGUGUCCGACGCCAAGAACCAGGGCGUCCGCUUCUUCACCGUCGGCAUCACACCUGAAGCCAAAGCGGCCGCCAAUUUAGCUCAGCUGCGGCUAAUUGCUAGCACUCCGGCCUCGCGCUACCUUCACAACCUGCAGGACAGAGGUGUUGUCGAUAAAUUCAUCAAAGAGAUUACGGCGCUGGCGGAUGAAGGCUGUCCUCUGGCCCAGAGCAAGUGUGCCUGUGACAAGGGGGAGAGGGGAGCCAGCGGCCCUACUGGCAAGAAGGGUCGUUCUGGAGAAGAUGGAAGCCCCGGCUUAAGAGGAACCAAGGGUGAGGGCGGGAUAAGUGGACUUCUGGGUCGGGAUGGAGCAGAGGGAAAGUCGGGAUACAAAGGAGAGAAGGGAGAGAGAGGGGAGUGUGGCACACCUGGAAUCAAGGGAGACAGAGGUCCUGAAGGUGCCAUUGGCCCGAGAGGAAACCGUGGACUUCAGGGUACGCUUGGUCCACCUGGUGAUAUCGGACCUGAAGGUAUAAUGGGUAAAAAAGGGGAAAGGGGGCUUUCUGGGCCACCUGGAAUCCAAGGGGAAACAGGGAUCGGCCUUCCGGGACCCAAGGGGGAUGUCGGCUACCAGGGGCCAACCGGGCCCCACGGUCCUCCGGGAAUUGGCGAGCACGGACUACCGGGGCCUCAAGGGCCACAGGGAGUCCAAGGAGAGAGAGGACAGAUCGGAGAAGGUCUCCCUGGACCAAAGGGCGGGCGAGGCUUGGACGGGCAGCGGGGGCUCAGAGGACAGCCGGGCGCCGGAAUCAAAGGCGGCAAGGGGGACUUUGGGCCUCUGGGUCUUCCAGGGCUGCUCGGUCUCCCAGGAGCAGGAAUACAGGGCGAGAAGGGCAUGGAAGGACCGAGGGGGCCACCGGGGGGCAGAGGCCAACCAGGAGAGGGCUUUCCUGGAUCCAAGGGGGACCAGGGGUUGCCCGGCGAGGUCGGCUCCACCGGAGAGAGAGGGGCCGGAGACGCCGGAGCUAAGGGCGAGCCGGGGUCCACGGGGCUGUCUGGUUUGCCGGGUCUGCCGGGAGAGGACGGAGCCCCCGGGCAGAAGGGGGAGCCGGGAGCUGCAGGUCUCAGGGGGUCCGAGGGGGCUCCUGGAAUCGGCAUCCAGGGGGAAAAGGGCGACCAAGGCCAAAGAGGAAUAAGGGGCUUGUUGGGUCCACCUGGCAUUGCCGGACCCUCCGGACCAAAGGGGGAACCAGGUUCACAAGGAAGGGGGUCACCCGGGCCACCGGGCCGCUUCGUCUCCGGGCCCAAGGGGGAUUUGGGCCCAAGUGGUCCUCCCGGUCCGAUUGGAGAGACUGGCUACGGACUUCCUGGUCCAAAGGGGGACCGGGGGAUUUCUGGACCUGCAGGUCCAUUCGGCCCCAAAGGAGACGGCUACCCCGGCCCCGUGGGCCCUCCCGGUCUGCCCGGACUCUUAGGGGAACCGGGCCAGGAAGGACUGGGCGUCCCCGGACCCAAGGGGGACGUUGGUUUCCGAGGACUUCCUGGUUUACCGGGACCCGCUGGCGAAGGCCUCCAAGGAUCUCUGGGUAACCCUGGGCGGCCCGGCUCCCCGGGGCCAACGGGGCCACCGGGACAAGGAGUCCAAGGACCAAAGGGGCAACUCGGGUCCCAGGGCAUGACGGGCCCGCGGGGGAUUCCCGGAGAAGGUUUCCCCGGAGCUAAAGGGGACCGCGGCUCGGGAGGAGAGAAGGGGCUGAAGGGAAUCAAAGGAGAUUUGGGGGAUUCUGGAACCACGGGGCAGACUGGACGAUCUGGGGUCAAAGGUGAAGCGGGCCUCACGAGAGAGGACGUCAUACGGAUGAUCAAAGAGAUCUGCGGGUGUGGGAUCAAGUGCAAGGAGAGGCCCAUGGAGCUGGUGUUCGUCAUCGACAGCUCCGAGAGCGUGGGCCCGGAGAACUUUGAGAUCAUCAAGGACUUCGUCAACGCGCUGGUGGACCGGGUCACGGUGGGCCGCAACGCCACCCGCAUCGGCCUGGUGCUGUACAGCCUGGAGGUGAAGCUGGUGUUCAACCUGGCUCGCCACGGCAACAAGCAGGACAUCAAGCAGGCCAUCAGGAACAUCCCGUACAUGGGCGAGGGCACCUACACCGGCACGGCGAUCCGAAAAGCCACGCAGGAGGCCUUCUACAGCUCGCGAGUAGGUGUCAGCAAGGUGGCCAUCGUGAUCACCGACGGGAAGACGGACAAGCGGGAACCCGUGAAGCUGGACAUCGCCGUGAGGGAAGCGCACGCCGCCAACAUUGAGAUGUUCGCCCUGGGCAUCGUGAACACCUCGGACCUGACGCAGGCCGAGUUCAUGAGGGAGCUCAACCUGAUCGCCUCUGAGCCGGACAGCGAGCACAUGUUCCUCAUCGAUGACUUCAACACCCUGCCAGCGCUGGAAUCCAAGCUGGUCAGCCAGUUCUGCGAGGACGAGAACGGAGACCUGAUAUACAACAGAUUAUCUAACGGCUACGGGAACAACGGCAACAGGAACGGCAACAGGAACGGCAACAACCACGCCGCCGGCGGCUACGGGUACCAGCCGGCGACGGAGCAGCAAGUGCUGAGCGGCCGGCGGUCCGGCGGCAGCUCGCAGAGCCACGGAGGCCGGGCAGAGACCACCGGGCACGUCAGCCACGGGUCCAACGCGGGACAGGGAGGAGGAGGAGGAGGAGGAGGAGGAGGAGGAGGGCAGCUCUUGUUCACCGAGACACACGUGGGACCCGAGCGCGGGGACACAUUUAACCGCAACACCUCGGUCGUCAGAACUCCCACCCGAGAGGAUUCCUCCAGUACGCGAGGCUCCUCCUCAUCCUCCUCCUCUUCAUCUUCUUCUUCGACCAGAAUUAUCACAUCCUCCUCAGGUGUCUCCGUAUCGCACAAGCCCGCCCUGAGGCCAGCGCUCCCUAAAGAGACCGUACCCUUGGACCCGCGGUGCGUCCUGGUCCUGGACCAGGGCACGUGUCGGGACUAUAACAUCCGCUGGUACUACGACAAGCAGGCCAACGCCUGCGCCCAGUUCUGGUACGGAGGCUGCAACGGCAACCGGAACCGCUUCGACGUGGAGGAGGAGUGCAAGAGGGCGUGUGUGGUCGCCUGACCCCCCGGUGGCCGAGUGAAGGCAUCUGCCUCUCGUCUCGCUAUACUUCAAGGAGGGGGCGGCAAUCCAAGCCAUUUUUUUAACAGGGUUAUGGAAAGCCUCUGCCCAAUCCUUCGGGCGUGUACAUGUACACGGAUGUUCCGUGUCACGGUUACAUUUCAGUUUCCAUUCUUUGUGCCCCCCCCCCCCCCCCCCCCCUACUCUGAUUGAUACCUCCACUGCUCUGUAUUUCUAUUUCAGCGCCUCACUCCGGUAGCGGGACAUGAUCAUAGUUUUUCCAUACGUGAAUGCUGAGAUUGUGAAAAAGUGGACUGGACAGUAAGAAAAAGCCUUUUCAAAGAGUCAGUCAGUCAGUGUGUCAUAGAGACAUGGUGUAGCUGUGUGUUCCUUUACUCAAUCAAUCACUGUAUUAGCGCAUAAUCACAAGAGCCGAUGACACACACACACACAAGAAGCCUCUCAUGUAGUUUGUUCUUUCCUUCAUAUGAAACAAAAUGACUGAUGCUCUGUAACUUCAUGAAAUAAUGGUGCUUGAAUGUGUUUUUUUCCUUUUUUUUAUUAUUAUUUUUUCCGAAUGAAAAUGUGAUGUUUUGCGUUUCUUUCUGACCACGGACUGUGGACAGUGAUGAUGUCACUGUAGACGCUCGACUUGUACUUUCACUGUCACGACAUUAACCAGCUGUGUACCGACUGUAUCAAUCCAUAUUGUGACAUUACAUGGACGACAUUUGACGUCAAACAUUUGUAAUAAAUCUGAUCCAAACUAA